CUCAUACUAUCUUGGCAAAAUCUACACAGGAUGAACAUCCUAGAGUGAGCAUUAUACUAAUGCUUGAUUUGUAAUUAAUUUCUGAAUUUAUGCCUGAUGCUUUCUGGUCCUGUCUAUCUUGGAAUCUACUGUAUCUUUUCAAAUGUUAGCCUUACUAUUUUAGCAAAUUAUAAUUGUUGCAGUUGACUUUGAAAGUCUGAAACCUCCAGCAAUGGAAGGGUUGGAUGCGCUACUAGCUAAGAAAAAGCAUACACCGAAAAGUGAACUAGAACAAAAUGGCAUUCCUCAGUUGCAGUCUUCACCAUCUGCUAAUUGGUUUUCUUCGUCAAAGUCUGCAAAGAAGGUGUCUCUAAGCUCUGUUACAUCAAUUAUUGAUGGAUUGAAGAAGUUGUACGUCCAAAAACUGAAGCCAUUGGAAGCAACAUAUCGUUUCAAUGAUUUUGUUUCCCCUUUGUUGACAAAUAGCGAUUUUGAUGCUAAGCCCAUGGUGAUGGUUUUUGGGUCAAUACUCAACUGGGAAAACAACAUUCAUUAAACAUCUGCUCAAAACGAGUUAUCCAGGUGCUCUCAUUGGACCAGAGAAAUAUCACAAUUGUACAGAGAAAUAUCACAAUUAUGUUUAUUUCUUGUUUGCUAACAGGUUCAGAGGGAGUUCCAUCUGCCAGCGGGGGAUUUUCCGAAGGUUGAACACUUUCGGGAGGCCCGAGUGGUUAUAGCAUUGAUAAGUUCGAGAAAUUGAAGCCUAAAAUGAUACUCCCUCCGUCCCACUUU